CCAGCUCACUUCAGAGACAGCCCAUCUCACAAUGCAGCUGGCAACCUCAGAAAGGCCUCCAUUCAGCAAGAGCUAACAUGCUUAGGAAUUUAUCUGGGAACCUUUAAAGACUCUGCCUAUCGCCAUCUGGAAUCAAUGUAGAAACACGACGACGAAGAAUAAAAGGAAGAAAGAAGUGCCACGGGACGACGGACUGGGAGUGUUUAAGACUCUGAAGAUUGGUAACUUAAGCUUCAACAUUUUGAACAUAAAGACAUUUUAAUUUGGAAUAUUCACCCUGACGGCUGAAGUACAAGUUUACAGGAGGAUUGGUUGUGACCAACUUAGAAACAGCUUUUCCUAUGUUUGCAGCUCUAUGGGUUGGCUUCCUUGAGUGCGUGGUCUGUCAGUUAACUAAAUUCUGGACUCAUGGAUUUUCUAGAGAACAGAAAAUGAGACUAUUUUCCUGAAGGAUCUACUAGAAACUUUUCAGCAACACGCUUCAUGUUUUCUCUGAAGAUUUCAGAGAAGAAAAUAUUUAUAAGAACACGAAAAGAAACAAAUAAUUUGCAAAUAAAUCGGUCUUUGCUGCGCCGUCUGAAUACCAACACCACAUCUGAAAAGCAAAGGGAACUGCUGCAGACAAAAGGACCCCUGUAAGCCGCACUGCCUGACCAUGGUAAGCUCCAACGGCUCCCACUGCCCCUAUGAUGACUCCUUUAAGUACACUUUGUAUGGGUGCAUGUUCAGCAUGGUGUUUGUCCUGGGGCUGAUAUCCAAUUGUGUUGCGAUAUACAUUUUCAUCUGUGCCCUCAAAGUGCGAAAUGAAACUACAACGUACAUGAUUAACCUGGCAAUGUCAGAUUUGCUUUUCGUCUUUACUUUGCCAUUUCGGAUUUUUUACUUUGCAACACGGAAUUGGCCUUUUGGAGAUCUACUCUGUAAGAUUUCAGUAAUGCUGUUUUACACCAACAUGUAUGGAAGCAUUCUGUUCUUAACCUGUAUCAGUGUAGAUCGAUUCCUGGCAAUUGUCUACCCAUUUAAGUCGAAGACCUUAAGAACUAAACGCAAUGCAAAGGUUGUUUGCGUUGCUGUGUGGCUCACCGUGAUGGGAGGAAGUGCGCCCGCAGUUUUCUUUCAGUCGACCCACUCUCAGGGUAACAGUACCUCAGAAGCCUGCUUUGAGAACUUCCCAGCAGCCACAUGGAAAACCUAUCUCUCCAGGAUUGUGAUUUUCAUUGAAAUAGUGGGGUUUUUCAUCCCCCUAAUUUUGAACGUAACUUGUUCUAGUAUGGUGCUAAGAACUUUAAACAAACCUGUUACAUUAAGUAGAAGCAAAAUGAACAAAACUAAGGUUUUAAAAAUGAUUUUUGUGCACUUGGUCAUAUUCUGUUUCUGUUUUGUGCCCUAUAACAUCAAUCUUAUUUUAUACUCUCUCAUGAGAACACAGACAUUUGUUAACUGUUCUGUGGUGGCUGCAGUGAGGACAAUGUACCCGAUCACUCUCUGCAUUGCUGUGUCCAACUGUUGCUUUGACCCCAUUGUUUACUACUUCACUUCAGACACAAUUCAGAAUUCAAUAAAAAUGAAAAACUGGUCUGUUAGAAGAAGUGACUCCAGGUUCUCUGAAGCUCAGGGCACCGAGAAUUUUAUCCAACACAACCUACAGACCUUAAAAAGUAAGAUAUUUGAUAGUGAAUCUGCAAUAUAAGCUGCCUGACUAAACUACUGGGACUGCUCCGUGUUCAACUGUGAAAGCAAACUGUGCUCUUGGAAACUAUUUCUCCAGCUCAAAAAAAAAAAUUAACAAAUGGACGGUUACAUGUUUUUACAGAAAGUUUGUGUCUGAUAUGCUAAACAUUAAAGUAUACUCUAUUCUUGUA